AUGUCGAGAAACGUGGAAAUCAAGGCGAAAGUGCAAAACCACGACGAAACUGUUCGUCGCGCCGUGGAGAUCGCUGGAAAGCAACCCACUAUUCUCAAGCAGCAUGACAUCUUUUACGAGUCACCGAACGGCCGCCUCAAGAUGCGCAGCGUUGAGGAGAAUGGAGUGGCGCGAACCGAGUUGAUCUGGUACGAUCGUCCGGAUGUCGCCGGUCCGAAACUCUCUAAUUUCAACAAAUUCGACGUGCCAGCCGAGAUUCUCGACUCGCUGAAACUCUCACUUCAAUCAUCAAUGGGACUGAAAGGAGAAGUGAAAAAGACACGAACUCUCGUUCUUCACGAUCAAACUCGUAUCCAUAUCGAUCGUGUCGACGGAUUGGGAGACUUUAUGGAGUUGGAAGUUUGUCUGAAACCAGAGGAGACACCAGAGCACGGAGAGAAGUUGGCUCACGAGUUGAGAGAGAUGUUGGCGAUUCCGGAGAGUGAUCUGUUGACAGGAGCUUAUAUGGAUAUGUUGAAGAAGUAG